AUGCAGGGUUAUCAUCGCUCCCCGCCGUUGGCGGCGGCGUCUCCCCCAUGCACGACGAUAGCCGCCGUCGGGAGUUCUGCCGUCGUGGCCUCGCCCGUUUCUCAGCCGUGCGAGGGGGCUGUAAUCGGCGAUGACUACGUGCGUAUGCUUCUUCACACCAUCCGCGAGCACGACGCGGAGAAGCUGGCGUUGGUGCGGCGCAUUGAGGAUUGCGUCAAGCCUGAGCGGGCCGAGACGCAGCGUCUGCGCCGCGAGUUGGCCAAUAGGGAUGAGGAAAUCGGCAAACUGCAACAGGAGCUAUCAGCGGCUCGCCUGAUGCUCCAAGAGGAGCGGGAACGGGCGAACCGGCUCCUGCAUGAGAGCACCGUACUACACGCAGAGGCAGAGGACGCUCGGGCGAGACUGGCGUCGCUGCUUCGCCUGCGUCAAGAGGCGAAGACGGCAGUGACGGCGGCCGUCGCGGAGGAGAACGCGAAAGCCGAUGUCCGUCGCCAAGCUCACGGCGGGGGCAGAAAGCCGCCCUCCACGCCUGCGACGGGGAAGUCGAGGCCCAGCUCACCACUCCCCCGCAGGAGCAAUAAGUCAGCGGACGGGGCCGGAGAGGGUGGGACGAUGAGCCUCCGGCAGGCGGUGCUUCUCCCGCCCCCAGCUGCGGGAGACGAAGGGGCAAGCGCUGUGGCGGCUGCCGCGGUUGAGGCGACGCUGCAGCCCCCACUAUCCUCGGCACUUGCCACCGCACUCAGUGCAGAGAGGCGGAUGCUUCAGGAGCAACUGGAUGCUCAGCGUGCCACGUAUGAACAAGAACGAACAAAGCGGUUGCAUGAAGAACGUGAGCGCACGCGCCAGCAUGCGGAGGAGGUGGAGCGCUACAUCGCCACCAUCGAUCACCUGCAUGCGCUGCACCAGAAAAGCCUGGCCGAUCUCAUUCGCAACCGCCACGAUAUGCGGAUUGAACAACAGGAGCUGCAGGGGACAAUUGAGAAGCUUCGCGUCUCUCUUGAUGAGGCCCUGACACUUGUGGAAAAUGAUCGUCGGCGACAUGCUGCGGACCUCCAACUGAUGCAAAGGCGUGUGGGCGACAACGCUGACACCGUCAUGCGGCGGCUUCGGCAGGAGCUAGGGGAAUGCCGAGCAGCUUCAAUGGCGGAAAAGGAGCAACGUGCCGCCCUGCUCGCCGCGCGUGAGGCGGAGAUAGAGCAGGUGCGAGGGGAGCUGAAGCGUGCAAAGAAGCGCGAGAAGCGCCUCGAGGAGCGACACCGGCUGGAGCUCGAGGGUGUUACUAGUGAAGUGAACCUCAUGCGACAGGCGAUACGGGCCAUGGAGAAGCGGGUGUACUACUCGCAGUGCCGCAGCCUCUCAGCGUAG